UACGCAGGUCACGUGACACUACGUCGUCACCGGUUCGUUCCUUUCCGCAUCUGGUUCAUUCUGUAACUUUAGCAUAAUUUCCCCCCGGUUUAACCUGCUUGGCGUCUCAUGUAGCAGCUUUUUGUUGGGUGUAAAAGUCGUACAGGUUUCCUUUUUUCUACUGGUCUGCGGUUCUGGACCGGAAAAGGUUUUAUUUUUCAUGUGGAAGCCGCUGGAAGAGGCGGGCUAGCCUCUGGAAGCUAACAGCUGUUUGGGUUUCAGCAGCGGAGAGUCGCUGUCAGGGAGCCAAGCUGCCUCACAGGUUCUAUGACCUUUGACCCCAUCAUCCAGACCGAGGAUGUACCCGCCUCCCAGGAAGGACUUCAUCGCGUUGACCCUGAGCGACCCGCACAGUCACGCCUACAACAACGCCAAACACCGGAGACAGUCCUGCUGGAGGAAGUGGAAGCAGCUUUCUCGGCUGCAGCGGAGCCUCGUCCUCUUCCUGCUGGCUCUGCUGCUCGUGUUCACACUGCUCUCCUUCUCCAGCGUCGCGGAGCAAUGGAGAGGGCUGUCCGAUAAGGAGGACUGGCUGGAGCUGAGUGACAGAGGUCUGGUUCCCCCGGGUCUGAAGCCGGUUCUGAGGCCGGUUGAAGGCAGAGGUCCGGUAGCCGGGCCCCAUGCGGAGCCAGCUGAAGGGCCACAAGACCUGAUGGAGCCCAGAGGACCAAACAUCCCUGCUUUGGCUAGGCCGCCCACCAAGAGGAAGCCAUUUUCCAACAAAAGAGCUCCACCAAACACCCGAAAAGAUGGAAAUGCUUUGGACACGGUGAGCGACGACGCAAAGCAGAACCAGGAAGUGGUUCGGGAAGAAGCUGGCGAGGAAAAGGAGGAGGAGGAGAAGAAAAUGAUAAGCUGGAGAGGAGCGGUGAUCGAAGCUGAGCCGGCCACAGAGCCUCCGUCCAAUCAGAAAGAAGCUGUGGAGCCUCAAGCGCCGGCCGAACCUGCGGCCUCCGUCCAUCAGCAAGUUUCCCCCGGAGCGGCGGAGCGUCUGGAGGCCGUCCGUGAUGCCUUCAGGCACGCUUGGAAAGCCUACCGGGAAUUCGCCUGGGGUCACGAUGAGCUCAAACCCAUCUCCAAGUCAUUCAGCGAAUGGUUCGGUUUGGGCCUGACGCUCAUCGACUCCCUGGACACCAUGUGGAUUAUGGGCCUAAAAGAAGAAUUUGCUGAAGCUAGAAGCUGGGUGGAGAAAGAGCUUUCGUUUGACAAGAACGUGGACGUGAAUCUCUUUGAGACGACUAUUCGGAUUCUGGGCGGACUGCUGAGCUGCUACCACCUGACAGGAGACCAGCUCUUCUUAGAUAAAGCUAAAGAUCUGGGGUCCCGACUGAUGCCGGCAUUCAAGACGCCAUCAAAGAUCCCAUUUUCAGAUGUCAACAUUGGGAAGGGGACGGCGCACCCGCCGCGGUGGACGUCAGACAGCACGGUCGCCGAGGUCACCAGCGUUCAGCUGGAGUUCAGGGAGCUGAGCCACCUCACCCAGGACCCCCAGUACCAGGACGCUGUGAAUGAGGUGAUGCGGCUGGUCCACAGGCUGCCAGGGAAACACGACGGCUUGGUUCCCAUGUUCAUCAACACCAACAGCGGCCAGUUCUCCCAUAAAGGCGUGUUCACGCUGGGCGCGCGGGCCGACAGCUACUACGAAUACCUGCUGAAGCAGUGGAUCCAGGGCGGGAAGACCGAAGACGAGCUGCUGGAGGAUUACCUGCAGGCGGUGGAAGGAGUGAAGAAGCACCUGGUGAGGCAGACCGGACCCGGCCGGCUCACCUUCAUCGGAGAACUCUCCCACAACCGCUUCAACCCCAAAAUGGACCACCUGGUGUGCUUCCUGCCGGGGACUCUGGCUCUGGGGGUGCACAGCGGCCUGCCGCCGGACCACUUGGACCUGGCCCAGCAGCUGAUGGAGACCUGCCACCAGAUGUACAAGCAGAUGGAGACGGGCCUCAGCCCGGAGAUCGCUCACUUCAACAUGCAGGGCGACGAAGGCCAGGACGUUUCUGUGAAGCCUGCUGACAGACACAACCUGCUGCGCCCGGAGACGGUGGAGAGCCUGUUCUACAUGUACCGGUUCACCAAGGACGGCAAGUACAGAGACUGGGGCUGGGACAUCCUGCAGAGCUUCAACGCCUACACCAAGGUCCCUGGCGGCGGCUACACGUCCAUCAACAACGUCCGUGACCCCGCUAACCCCGGCCCUCGGGACAAGAUGGAGAGCUUCUUCCUGGGCGAGACGCUGAAGUACCUCUACCUGCUGUUCUCCGACGACGAGGAGCUGCUCAGUCUAGACAAGUACGUCUUCAACACCGAGGCUCACCCUCUGCCCAUAUGGCCUUCUCCGCCCAAAUGAAACCCGGAGUCCCGCAAGGUCCAGGUUUCGGCCUCCUUUAUUUUUCCUAAGGAAAAGGUUUCAUAUCUGAGCUGAACGCGGAUCAGACUCACCAGAACACUUUGUUACGACUCAGUUAUCGAUUAAUGAUUGUAUAUUUUCUAAUUUUGGGAUAUUAUGAGGUGGAAAUCACUCAUUAGUGCUAUUUAAUGUCUGACUCGUACAUUUAGUGUUGAUUUAUCACUUCUGUGGGUAAAUAAUGGAGAUGUUUAAUAAAUGAAUGACUCAAGCUGACAUUCUUAAUGAUCCAGGUUCUUCAAUGAAUGUAGCUUAUUUUUUUCUGGGUUAAUUUAUGUUUAUUUAUUCAGGUUUCAUGGAUGUUUUUGUUUGUCUGUUACUUGGAAAUUGACUUUAUAUGACAUGAAGGGGUUAUUAAACUGUCUGGACCUGAGAUGGACUCGCAAUCAACUCUGACCUGGAAGAAACUUGGAUAGAAAAUAUUUUUGAAGGUUAGAUGGAGAAAAAAAAUUAUUUUUUCCUACAACAAAGUGUUAUGGCCAUCGUACAUGUUGAGGUUUUUCACAGAAUUUCUCGCAAAAACCAACAAAUCCCUGCAUUUUUGUGAUUGUGAUUUUAUUGCAAAUUUUACAGAGAAAUUGUCAAAAUUAUCAGGUUAAAAUUAUACAAACUCCCACCUGUAGGUGGCAGUAUUUCUUUGUUCUGCUACUCUACUACCUCAGCUUUAAUUGAUGUCAAAUUAACAAAAACAUAAACGGUCACAUCAACCGUCAUAUAUAAACGCAAAGAUCGCAACAAAGCGCCAUCCCUCCGUACUCCAUGAGAGUUACAGGAAAUUAUCGCAAAAAAAUCACAAAAACAAUCUCAAAAUCUUGGAGUUACAGAAAAAUAUAGUAAAUUGUCCACAAAACAGUAAAUUUUAACCAAGCUACUCAGACAUUUUCACAUUUAUUUCAGAUAUUUACAAGAAAAAAAAAUUAUUUCCAAAAGGCACGAAGCAUCUUCCCAUUUUAACUUUUGUUUUCAUUUUUAAUUUUUUUUACUUGCUGAUUUUUCUUCUCUUAUAAACAUGAAAUUAAUCUCAAAAUUUCCAAGGGUUUUAUCAGAAAAUCUUUGUCUAUGUAUAAUUGCUGUAAUACUUGGCCAUAGUUUUCACUUUUUCCUGUAUCAGUAAAAAAAAAAAAAGAUUUGGAGGAUCAAAAGAUAUAUUUAAAUUUAAAAAAAAAGUGAAAUAAACUAAUGAGUUAAUGAAGAAUCCAGAUAUAAUGUAAUAAGUUUACAUCAAUUCAGCACUACUUUUGACUUUUUAGGGCUGGAUUUGAUGAAGGUUAAAGAAUCAAAUCUUCACUUUAAUCUGUGGUGGAAGAUUGUAGAUUAGGGUGAUGGUAAAGAGGCCUUCUAACCUCAAAGAUGAAGCAUUAAAAUCCCAGGUUCGACCUGCAAAAAGCUGCUAAGCCAUUCGAAGCAUGGUGUGAUCAAUGCAAAGCUAAUAAAUAUAUUUUCAAUGAUUAUUGAGAAGGUUGUAAAUAAUUUUCAAUGUGACAUUUUUUAAUAAAAUGUGAAUAACAACUGCAAAGGGAUAAAUUUGCACAUUUUUCUAUGUUUUGUUAUUUAUUUAGAGAUGCCCGACUCACUUCCUGGUAGAGAUGUUAGUAUUUGGCUAAAUUAAUCCAAAUAUUAGCAUUACGUUAAGCUUUUGGAUAUUUGGCCACUUCCUUGUAACGGUUCAUCUGAAUAAAUCCAUUUCCUGGUUCUGAUCCAGCUUUAUAGAAAAGUCUGCAACUUUUAUUGAGCUUGCACUUUUGCUAAAAAAAAAAAAAGAAAGAAAAGAGAAGAAGCUAAGUUACAAAACGCUCAUUGCAAAUGAAGCUGGAUGUUCCCAAAUAUAUUAGUGGUAAAUUUAGUGGAGGAAAAAAAACACCAAUGGGAAUAACAGCAGCUUUGAAAGUAAAAUCAACAUCUCCAUGAAGCCUGAAAAUAUUCAGAUGAUCUGAUGUACUGAAUGUUUGGGUUUCCAUUCGCUGUAACAUCAAAAUUACCGUAAUAAAUGCUUAAAAUGUCCCUGUUUGUAACUAAACGAUGUGAAGUUCAACUUUUUGAAUUUAACUUGUGAAAUAAAAAUAAUCUUUUUUGAUUAAAGUGAUUUAUUAAAAUGC